AUGAACACAAUAUAAAAUAGCUUUAACAAUAAUUUAUCUAAAACUGAAAAUCUUUUCAAGCAUAAUUAUAAAGAAUGUCCAAUUCACCUGAACGAAAAAGUAGUUUGUUUAACAUCAGAUGACGGACAAGGACAAGAUACAUUUCUGCAGAAAUGCAAUCAUUGUUAUAAAUAAGACUAAAUAAUAUAGAACAGCUCAAUUCUUUUGGAAAAUUUAUUUGAUAGUAAAUUUGAAAUAAAAAAUAAAAGAUAAACUAUUUAUGAUGAUGAUGAUGAAGAUGAAGAAAUCUUUUAAAAGCUCACUGAAGUAUGUUAAAAUCAAGAUAUCUAAUAAAUUGAUUAAAAGAUCAAAAAUUUCUUCAAGGAAUUUGGAUAGUAAAUUUAAUUGAUAUUGCAAAAUAAAGAAAGGUCUAUCUUAAAAAAAAUUGAAUAAAUGAAAUGCUAAAAUGAACAAGCUUUAAAAGAAUGUAAUAUAAAUUCUUAAAAAGAGAACCUUAUUAAUCAAAUAAAAAAAAAAAUUAAGUAGAAUAAAUUAUAAUACAAAUAAAACAUCCAAACGCUGCAAGACUUAGCUAAAAAAUUUCAUUUAUUAGAGAUUGACCUAGCAAAAUCUUAUUAAGUUAAGGAGUAGGUUAUUUCAUCUAUUAGCUAUCUUAAUAUCUUUGAUUAGUUAGAUAGUUAUGAAACUUAAACUAAUUGUAAUUUAGAUAAAUCAUAUUAUGAUCAAAGAAAUGAAUAGGUUAAAAUAACUAAAUUUGAAGACAUGAUAAAUAUUUUAAACUUCAAAAAUGUAGAAAUAAAUUUGAGCUAAAAUUCCAUACAAGAUAAAAACCUUUGCAUGAUUGGAGAUAUUCUUAGUAUUUGCAAUAAUAUUACUAAUCUAACCCUAAACUUUGAAAGCAAUAAGAUUGACAACUUAGCUCUUAAAAAUAUUGUGAAAGCUUUAUAAAAACUUAGUAAUAUAGAAUCUCUCAGUUUAAAUUUAAAUGGUAAAAAAAUUAGUGAUUUAAUGCUUAAAAGUAUUGCUAAAUCUUUGAAAGGUCAUAAAAAUCUAAUCAAACUUGAUCUAAAUCUCAGCUAAAACAAUUUGAAUGCAUCAAAAUGUGUAGCAAAAAUAUUAAACAAUUGUAAACAAGUUCAAUAUUUAAGUUUAGAUCUAAGUGAUAACUUUAUUGAUGAUAAAACAAUUUAAGAUAUUGGACACAGCUUAGCAGAUUUAGAAUAAUUAAAAUCUUUAAAAAUAGAUUUAUCUUAAAAUAGGCUUAGUCCAAAUGGGAUUUAAUCUUUAUUAGAAUUUCUUUCAUUAUAAAAAGAAUUAAAUAAUUUAGAUUUAAGUAUCAGAAAUAGUUCUAUUUGUGUUGAAGGUACUAAGGCUAUUAAAAGUGCUCUAAUGAAAUUAAAAAACCUAACAGAGCUUACGAUUGAUAUUAGUCACAAUAUAAUUGGGUUUAACGGAGCAAAAAAUAUUGCUGAAUGCUUGGUACAAUAUCAAAAUCUUACUAAUUUAACUCUUAAUUUAAGCAAUAACUCUAUCAAUGUGGAAGGAGCAAAUAAUUUAGCUAAUUAUAUUGAAAAAUGCUAAAAACUAAAUAGCCUUUGUCUUUAUUUAGGAUCGAACUCACUUGGAAACAAAGGAAUUUAGAAAAUAACUCAGUCUAUCCAAAAUUGUUAAAAAAUAACUUAAUUGAGUCUUUAUUUAGAUGAAAAUGAAAUAAAAAUAUAAGGAGCUCAAUAUGUUUCAAAAUGCUUGGCAAAUUAUUAAAACAUUACUCAUUUUACCAUUGAGCUUUAUUCAAAUCAAUUAGGUGAAGAAGGAGCUGAGUGUAUUGCAAAUUCUAUUUUAAAUUAUAAGAAUAUAACCCAUUUAUCGCUUGGAUUCUAAUCGAACUCAAUAGGAGACAAAGGAGCUAAGAAUAUAGCUAAAGCCUUGAAAGAAUAUUAAAAAUUGACUCAUCUUAAUCUUUAUUUAGGAUUAAAUUAGAUAAGAUCAGAUGGAGUUUAAAGUAUUGCAGAUUCUAUUUAAGAUUAUAAGAACAUUACUCAUCUUCAGUUAGGGUUCUUCUAAAAUAAAAUUAAUGAAAUUGGAGCUGAAAGUAUUUCAAAGGCUAUAUAAAAUUAUACUAAAAUAACUCAUCUAAGUCUAGAUUUUAUAGAAAAUUAGAUAGGAAAAGCAGGAGCUUUGAGUAUUGCUUAUGCUUUAGAAAAAUAUCUCAACAUUAACCAACUGAUAAUUUAUCUAUCAAACAGCUAGAUUGAAGUAGAAGGAGCUACUUAUAUAGUAAAUGCUAUUAAGUAAUACAAAAUGAUAAAUCACUUAGAUCUUGGGUUUGAGGAAAACAAAAUUGAUGAGACAAAUUAAUUGAUUUUGAAACAAUAGUUACAAAUGUCAAUGAAUGGAAUAGACUUUAAAAUAGCAUUUUGA